GUUAAGUUUCGUUUUCCAUAGUAACAGAAGCUAAGGGUGAAUAAAUAGAGAGACAGUCUGCAGAGGGACACUUUCAAAUCAAACGUCGUAUCGUCUCCAUAUACCAGAAGAUCUGAUCACCAAACAACAUGAGCAGACCUACAGAAUGGGUUCCUUCGUCGUGGACUACAGUUUUUGACGAUUUGCUGAGCGAUGACAAUGAGCUGGACUAUGAAGACGAGUGGAAUUUCAACUUCAGCUACAUCCAGACAGAGGAAAUCACAAAGGAGCAGAAGAAGAGAGGCUGGAAGAUAUACAGCCACUGUGCCAAUGGAAAUUUCCAGUGUACAUCCUGCUGCAAGACCUGGUCUUCAGCCCGGGUUGUGGUAUUGUUCCGUUACCGGCUGCGGGGUGCCCGGGGGUCAGUGAUCAUGCGGCCCUUUGGACAGGUCUGUCGCAGUUGCACCAACAAUCAGUUUUCCCGCCCUGGUUUUUCCGAACAAGAGGUGGAAAGAGCCUUGCUCAGGCUUUUUGCGAAAAUCCGGAAGAAUUGCUACGGAGAAGAUGACGACAGCGCUGCCAGUGGUAGCCCAACGCCACAAUAUAGGACCAAACCGCAUGAGAAGUCCCUGUGUGAGGCCUGCCUUCAGGGUAUCUGCUGUCAGGAUGAUGACUAGAAGUGUGUGUGUGUGUGUGUGUGUGUGUGUGUGUGUGUGUGUGUGUGUGUGUGUGUGUGUGUGUGUGUGUCUGUGUGUGUGUGUGUGUGUGUGUGUGUGAGAGAGAGAGAUGCAGAUUGACAGUGACUGACAGGCUUUGUGCUGAUUGGUUAAAAUGUUAAUUUGUAGUCUGCACAUGCCCCCUUUCCAUAAUACUUAAAGUUGACUGUUCAUUAGGAAUGUUAAUGUUGUGUUGUAGGGGUUUUGUUGGGGAUGGUUGUUUUUUUGACCAUCAGGAUCAAUAAUACAAUUGUUCAUGUAAAUAUAUAAAGUUGUACUUUUGUCACUAAAAAUGUAAUCUUAAGUCUGAAAACGUUUUGUUUUUGGGUCCUGAUUAUUUCAUGGAUUUAUAUAUCAGUACUACUUUGUAGUACUACUUAUAAUUCUACAGUUCAGAUGCAAAUAUUAUACUUUUAUUGCACAACAUUGUUUUGAUAGCUGUUUGCAGAUAAAGACUUUACAUGCCAAACAAAUGAUCAGUUUAUUAAAUAUAUAGGAAUUAUAAAUAAACCUACUCUACUUAAAAUGAUCUCCACCUCGUCCAGCUUCAACAUUAAAAUGCUGGUUAUAAAUGAAUACAUCUGUAUUAAUAAUCCAAUGAUAUCAUACAGGGGUUUCUCGCCUCAGGGUUGGAACCUCUAGUACAUUUUUCUGAAAAUACUUUAAAAAUGAAAUCAAGACUUUCAUAUGUACUGGAUUAUUUUUGACAUUGUGGUACUUUUUACUCAACUACUCACCUGAAUAUUCUUCCACCACUGUGGAGGACCGGAUCAGCCACAACUACAAGCAAAGAAAUUGACAAAUGAACCCCUUAACACGCAGUUUUGUACUUUUGUUUCAACUUAAAUUGCUUUUAAGCAAAUAAAAUUCUUUCUAAUGCA